AUGAAGUACCAUAUCGUGAAGAUAGAUCUUCACAUUGAUUUAGAAAAUGUGAAAUACUUUGAUGUGGAUACAUCAAUUGCAAGUGACGAGGAUUUGAUUAGUGUCUUCAAAUAUUAUCGUUACUUGGACCUCGAGGAGGUGCUAAUACAUAUAAAAGACAAUGACAUUGUGGGGAAUGUCAAUGAAGUGAAUAUAAAUAAUAGUGGAAAUAUGAAUGCUAAAGGUGUGAAUAUGGAGGGAGUUGAUAUGAAUACCGAUGUUAUUGAUGUUGGAGUCUAUAAGGAGAAUGUGAGUAUGGAAACAAGUGUUGAAAAUGUUAACGUUGAUGGAGUAGAUGUUAGAGAAAGAAUGGAGCAAGUUUCUAAAAAUAUUAGAAAAGUAAGUAGAAGGAGAAGACCAAAAGGUGGAGAAAAGGGUACUGGGUACAAAUGUUGGGAAAGAUAG